CAACCAGAGCGCAAGCUAUGACGGUUGGAAGCCCUGCUACGCCCAUAAUGAUUCCAUCAUUAAAUGCAGGCCACACAUCAGCAAUCUUCACUGAUGCUGUGUCAACAGUUACAACCCCCGUAACUGGUCACCCCACCUUUGAAGACAUAAACGUUCUACUAAAUCGCUUCCUAGAUUCCACCAUUAAACCAUGGGUGCAAGAUGCAAUGACCGCUCUAGCACAGGAAUUUAGGACCACCCAAGCGGUUCGGUCUGAACAGACACCACCCCAACCUUCCCCUGAACCGUUCAUCUCCCAUACACAACUCAUAUCCUCCACCCCUCUAUCCCACCAAUCCAUCAACCAAAUUCCUAUCCCUUCUAUUUCUCGGGGAACCCAGAAUACAGAACCAGUAUUCUCCCCACACCCGACCACACCCUCCAUCGAUCUCUCCUCCCUAUCCUUUGACACCCUAGCUUCGGCUUUGCUGAAUAACCUCUUGAAUACCCCAGAAGACGACCUCACUCUUCAUCAGCAAGCCAUACUUGAAGCUCUUCUUUCCUCACCCGAAACCAAGAGUACUUGCAAGGAGAGUCUUCGUGGUCGCAAACGUUCCCAUGAGGACCCCGAUGAUUCGGAUCCUCAUGAGGGGGAGAACAAGCGACCCCGAUCACUUGAGCAAACUACUCUUCCAAGCCAAACUCCACAGCCAAUUCAACCUGAAACCUCAACAAACCAACAGCCACCAUCCACAGCCAAACUCUCUAGCGUGGUCGAGCUAGAAAUAACAUCCCGAGGCAUAUCUCCUAGAGAUACCAACCGAGGAGGGGAUGGAAGUCCUGAUGAUGAUACCACUGGUACAUCUUCUCCAUCAGGCCAUCAGUUGGAACCCAGUUCUAAGCUGAUGUCAACGGGCAAUCCUAGUGAACCCGGUAGUGCUACACAGGAAAAAUCACCGCCUAAACAAAGAACUCCAUGUAUCUCCCCAGGCAAAGACAUCCAUGAUGCACUGGAAGAGGCGGUGAUAUACGACAAAUGGCCGAGAAAAUGGACAGAAUGGGACGAUCUCCGGGUUGAAGCCGAGCAAGAGGACAUGCAAAGAAACUGGUGGCUACGAGAGCUUAUUAACAAAUGCUCUGAAGAUAUCAUUAGGCUCGAGGACGAUGAACGCAAGGAAGGGGAGAACUACAAGGAAUCCCAGAAAGCUCUUGAAUCGGUCGUAAGACAAUCAGCGGGAAGACUUCCCAAGACAGAGAAACCCUGGGACAACGUUCGAAUCAAAGCCCCCUUCCAAGAAGAAAUCAGAGAGCAUAUCUUGCGUAGACCAGACAAAGUCAAGCCACUGAACGAACUGAAGCUAAGAGGCCUUACACACUUGAAAGGAAAACAGGCUGGAGGUCAUCUGCAUAUGCUGCUGCAAAGGUCAACCGGUACACAGAGAAAACUGAUGGAACAAGAUCUGAAGUCGAAUAUUCUCCCGAUUCAUCAAAUUCUACAAGUAAAAGCUGAAGACUAUCAUGGAGUAACAUUUUACACUUUCAGACUUCAACGCACCGAUGGGAGCGAAUUCACUUGUCAAGAGAACGACUUCAUCAUGCUAAAACCGGAUGACAUAUAUCAAAUGCUCAUGGCCUACAGAUACCUUCCAGUCAGGCAAAACAUAGUAUACAGCGAAGGCCUCGCAGCUAUCAAGAGAUUCAUGCUUAGACAGAUCCGAAACUUGAAGAUUUCCCAGCCUAUCACAUCUUCUUCAAACUGCCAGCAGUCACCUACCUGAACCACAAGAACGAAAAGCGUCUGAUGGUAGUCAGUGAAAUCGAGAAAUACUGCGACAGAACACUGAAGAUAAUCAGAGAGCAGAUUCUACAGAUGAAGGCAAAGCUGGAAGAAAAUCUUCAAGAGGCAUCGUCUUAUGUUCAAAAGGAACACUCUACUGUGGAGACAAUUUUAAAGGCCAUUGACGAUCGCCUCGAAAAGAGAAAUAUGCUAAGACAAUAUGAACAUGCACUUGGAUUAAAGAAGCACUACUUCAAGUCACAGAAGCAAUAAGAGAAUGACACUUGAUCACAAAGGGGGAGAUUGUUGGAGAUAUUUUAUUGUGAAUCAAGUUGGUCAUAGAUUAGCUUUAUAUUUAAUCAUUGUAUUUUAAUUGUUCAUAAAUUAGAUAGAAAUCAGGCCAAGUGUUAGGCCCAUUUAAACAGGCCAAAAGCCUGUUUCGCCUAACCUAAACCUCGCCUAUAAAAAGGGAGCCGAGGUUUAGGAAAAGGUUGAACGUCG